AUUCCAUAGUUUGAAUUUAGGAAAACUGGGUCAAAAACGCUCUCACUUUAAAAUCUUGCGCUGUCUCGCCAUGGCUGGCGUAUUUACAAUGUUGGCAGUUCGCCGACUGUUCAGUAAAAAUAUCGUUUUAAGACAUUUGAAUGCUACUAAGUCUGUCUCGUGUCCAAGUGCCAGAUGUAUUUCAACAGUUGAAGGCGCCCAGAAAACUUACAAACCAAAUUUGGCUCUCCGUGUUUCUGAUGAAAAUGACUUGACUGAUAUAGAUAGGUUUCUGCGCAAACAAAGAAUUAAGGGUGCUUUGUACAGCCGCGACGAAAAUGAGCAGGCUACAGAACGUUUUUGGAGUCGGAUUCUAAAAGCUGGGGAUAUGGACUUGAUCGAAAGAUAUCUAAAUAUGAGAGUCAAAUUAGGACUUCAUAAUGACCCGGAGAAGGUUUUAAAAGAUAUGCGAGGUGCUGGAUUGACGCCUAACUCCUGGAUAUACGCCUCCUUUAUAUCUCAAAGUUGUGCUGUCGGAGAUAUGAAUCAAACAAACUUUUGCUUGCGUAUGCUCCGAGAUGCUGGAUUCAAGCCCAAUCGUUACAUUUUUGCCCAGAUUUUACACGGUUACGUGAAAGCCGGACUACCUGAGGAAGUUUCUUCUACGCAGGAGUUACUAUCUCAAAUAGGUUUGUGGCCAUCAAAGUUUGCAUAUGAAGGCCUUUUGUCCGCUUACGCUGAUAUUGGUGACAAAGACAGUUUAUUACGAACUCUAGAUGAGGCUUACGCUGUACUCCCUUCAAUAGAUGACAAAACAGCAUCCCGUGAAAUCUCACCUAUUUUACUUUUGGAUCUGUACACAAGAUUAGUGUGUUCGUUGGCAUAUACUGAUGCAACGUGCAGUGAGAUUACAACAAAAUUACUUACAACAGAUUACUUUCCGUUGGAGUUUGCUAUUGACACUGUCAAAGUACUCUUAGCGAAGGGACGCCCAGCUGCUGCUCUGGAAAUUUUCAAAGUAAUACAUAAGUAUCAAAAACAAAAUGAUCAUCUAUCUUCAUUUCCGGUUUAUGCUGCUGCUGGUGGUUUGGAUUACAAGGCACUAGAACCUUUCUGGCAUACAGCUAAUGUGGAUAGUAAAGAGUUGUUUAUGCUUAGAAAUAAAUGUAAAUUGUAUUUCCAUCGGAUCGGUAAAACAAACAAUAAAUUGGGCGAUCAAUUUCAAACCUGUCUUGAAGAGCACAACGUACAAGGCGCUCUUGAUUUAUUGAAGAAUCUAAAUAAAACGAACAUUACAUUAGCGUAUUCAUUGUUUCUACCAAAAUUAAUCCGCUCGGGGUUUUCUUUACAGGACUUAAUCAAUCAAACUCAAGAUCAUGAGAUUAAUAAGGCUUUAGUGUUCGGAUAUGUGUUUAAUAACCUAGUAUCAAUACAAUCAACAGACGAUUUAAAAUCACGUUUAACUAGCUGUUUGGAAUUGGUGAAUGAGUAUCGCGCUAAGGAAUUACUACCGUACAAUGAUGUUGUUCGUUUGGGCAACCCCAUUGUAGUUAAACUGGUGACAAAUAUAAUAUCCAUUUCAGAUAUGGCAGAAAUUGCAAAGUUGAAUAAAUCAACCGUAAUGCAUGACGUUUUCCGCAUUUUCAGCCAUACACUAACAAAACGUUCGUUACGUAUGCUGUACUUGCAAGUUUUCGAAGCUUUGAUGUUAUCCAACCUUCGUUCAUUUCAUGGCAUCCCAAAAAAUAUUGUAAUUCAACUUGUAGCUGAUGUAUGCGCUCAUCAAAAUGUCACGUUUGGUUAUGGUGAUUGGAUAUUAUCAGGAUUGAAAGAUGCCGGUGUACCAAGGCACAUUAUGGCAAAACUUUCUUCUGAUCAAUCUGUGGAACUAUCUUCGUUUUCAGAUCUUAGCGUUGUGCUUUUUGGUGGGCGAACGAGCAACGCAGUCAGAAGAAACAAAAAUGAAGGUUCAUUAGCUAAUCAAAUGAAGUUGCCUUCUGAAGAAUCAGCACCAAUUGCCGCCGAAUCACUUGUUAAAGCACUAAAAGAUGAUCCUAAAAAAUUGGAAACGGAAUUAAAAUCUAUUGAAGCUUUAUGGAGUUUACAAAGUAUGUUUGUCAUUUGUUUUUAGAUAUGUAUAUAUUUCGUAAAUUUUUAUUUUAUUGUUCUAUAAUAUAAUAAUCAUUGCUAAUUUUGUUGCUUUCAAGAGAAAUUCAUUUUAUUGAGCUAUCUCGUAAAUCUUGGAUCAAAAGAUCUCGUUGAACGUGUGUUACAAUUUUUGCCUGAAGAACAAAGAAAACAACGUGAACCAAUGAAAUCACUUGCACAUAUAAUAAAGUCAUCCUUAGAAAAUGAUACGGAAAAAGAAUCAUCUUCAGAAAGUGUGAAACAGUCGAUUCAAAAUUUACAAAAUCUUUCACCUAAGGAUUUAUACUCUACAAUGAGGGGUCCACACUUAGAUACACUUUUCAGAUGUUGGCCAACUGAACAUAUUUCAGACUGUAUGUUAUAUAUUAAUUAAUUUUUUUAACUUGUAAAUUCAAUUAGUCACAAUAAUUUAUGGUCAGUUAUAAAAUUUAUACUCAUUGUUAUAAUGUUCUAUUCUCCCCAAAUGCCCUGGUACGGCCGAGAGUGAGGAGAGUCCUGUCUCCCUCUCGAAAUGCUCUCACAUGGCCAUGCGUAUAUAGCCUCUGUCAGGGAAGUUCUACUCAUUGCCUUCUCGUGGCGCGGGUGUCGUUUACGAAAAUGAGAAGACGAAAAGCGAAUGUCCGGCGCUUUGACCGGAAUCCAAACCAUUAGUGCACAUGGCAUCCAGUAUCCUGCGCGAACAAAUGGUCACAGUGAUGUUGGCUGACAGUUCUUUUGAGUUUCAUGUGUUGUCAAACUGUAGGAAUGCGGUCCCUGCUUUGCCAAUUCGUACUCAAAUAUUUACAUUAGAUCCUCCUUGUUUAACAAUGAUGCUGACCAGGUACGUGAAAGUCACCACCUCUUCCAGUGCUUCUCCAUCAAGUAUGAUUGGAUUCGUCGGUGUUCUCCGUGUUGUGUCUGAGGAUCUUACGUUUCCCCCUGUGUAUGUUCAGGCCUACUGAUGCAGAGGUUGCUGCAGCUACACCGAUUGUCUUCACCUGCAUUUGGUCAUAUGCAUGCUAAAUAUGUAUUUAGUAAGGUGAACAAAUUAUUUGUAUUACUUUUAGAAAGAGAUGAGUGAGUAGUAAAUAAAAAAUUUGUGAAAAUUAUCAUAAGAAUAAAAUAACGUGAAUGUGGAUCAUAUUUGUAUACAUAUGAGCGAAAAAAUAUCUACUAUAAAUAGGCUUGUAAACUGUGGUUAUGGUUAAGAGGGGAAUCUAAUAUUUUUUUACAUGCCAUAAGGCUUUCUAUCCAUAGCUAUUCAUAACUUCUUCAAUAUAAGGUUAGUUUAGCCGUGUAUCUGUAGGAUCUUUAUCUGAUAUCGGGGAAUAAAUCUGAAGCUUAAAAGCAUGUAUUUACUACACAUUUCGGAAUUGAUGGUGUUGUUGACCUUUGUCGUCCUUCGCUAAAGCUCAUUGGUAAGUCUAUCACUCCGACCAACAACGUACAUGCCAGUAUCAUUUAUUUUACAUUCAUAUUUGUCAUUAUCUUUGGAAAAGUCAUGUUUUUUUUAAUUUGCCAGAACUAGUUAUAUUUAUUGCUCUUUUAAAAAAUAUUCAUAUCGUAUUUCCUUUUAAUUUUUUAUCAGUGAUUGAUAUCACAAAAAAGCUUUCCAAACUUGGUCUCAAUUCUGUCAAUUUACAGUUGGCUGGAGUUUUGGUUAAUCGUGGGCUGAGUGACUUAGUUUCUACUUUGUUGGAGGUAAUCAUCGUUAUACUUUUUAUGACGAAAGAUAAGUAGGGAGUGGGUUCACUUUGUUUUGUAGGCAGUUAGUGAUUGGCAACAAAGUUACAUUAAUGUUGGAAUCUAUAUAUAGCCAAAUAUAGCUAAGCGAAAUCCAAUCAGUUUUAAAUUUUGCUCACUAAAACACUUAUACACUACUAGCAGGUUCUUUGAGUAAACACGUUUGUUAAUACCUCAAAAUGGUAUGUCUACGUAGUUUGCGAAUGUGAGUUACUAUACAAAAUAUUUUGUCAUGAAUGGCCAUUAGUACGUCGAUAGUUAAUCAAUGUGAUAUAUUUUGUUCUAGUUACUUGAAGACAUUAUUGUGUUAAAUAAUCUUUCCAUCACUUGAUGAUAGCUCAGUUAGAGUUUAUCCACCUGAGAAUUUUCUUAUUCGACACCAUUCUUUAAUUAGAUAUUAUACUAGCAAUCCUCUCCUUAGUUAUUGUACUACAUAACAGAAAGAAGAUAUAAUGAGAUUAUCACCCCUCUAGACUUGUUAAGAAUUAUGCGUUGCAUGUCAAAUUCAACUCCAUGUAUUAUCUCAUUUAUUUCUUAGUACUACAAACGUUUGCGGAAUACAUAUCAAUUGUUAUGAUAUAUGUAUAUAGGAGUUAUGUUACUGACCUAUCAUCCUAACAAAAAACUACGGGAGCAAUAAGAAACCGAAUGAUUAUACUUUCGAAUAUUGUAAUGGUUUCCUAUUCCAACAGUACCAAUAAGUUUUUUUUGCCUUAACACAAUGUGCUAGACACCUUGUACACUAAAUUCGUGUGGUGUCAUGAUCAUUUUAACAAUGAAUAUUAAUUUGUCUUCAAUGUUACUUCUGAUUUAGAAUAACAAAACAGUUCCGUUUACUUUCUUGGUUGGCAAUCCACGAAAUUCAUUGACGAAAUCUGAAUUUCUGUCUUCGGUGGAGUAUCUAAAAUCUGUUGAUUCUCAACAUAUUCCUGGUUUUGUAGAUCAUUGUCUCCGCAAUGCAGGUACUAUUUCUAAAUAUGUUUGUUGUGGUUUGUCUCUGAGUUCACGGUAAACUCAAUCCCUUUUUUGUCGUUGUUACGUUACAUUGUACAUAUUUUUUGACAAAUUCAGUAAAAUCGUAAUUAACAUAGAUUGAACAUAUUCAUGAGUUUCUACAAGUGAUUGAUUUCAGAAAAUUACUUCUCCAACUUUCAUCAUUACAUCUUGGUCGAACGGUAGGACUAAAAUAUAUGCUGCUCGUUACGGUGUAUAUAAUACAACCAACCAUCGAAAUUUUAUUAUCACUAAACUGAAUAGUCGAUCAACAGCCUAUUAAGUAGAUUGAGAUCAUCAUAUAUAGAUAUCCGUCUGUCGCAUCAUCAGUGACCACCCUACUUUAAUUCACCACACAUCACAUUUAUGUCUACAAUUAGUAUCCGCUAAUUCUAUGCAGUUGUGUGGAAUGAUCCCAGAAGUCGGUAUAUAGCCGAUAGCACUUGACCAAUAGUAAUAAUAUUCAAGGGAUUAUUACGAUCUCAUUUUCCAUCCGUCAUCCGAAGAUAGAUUCUUUUAACUAAAUACAUUAAUUUCGGUGUCAUCAGUUCAAUUUAAGUCGACAUCUUACAUCGUAAUUCAAUAGACGAUUUCAUGCCGUUUAAAAUAGUAUAUUAUUUGUACCCUUGAUAUAGUCCUGAUGUUUUUUAUGUAAUUUCAGCUUUGUCGACAAACGAUGACAACUUAUACCAGUUAAUUCGUGCAGUAGUAUCACCACCGUUCAAUAUGGAUCUUCUUCAAGUUUGUAUACAACCCACUCUCCAAGUUUUACAUCAUCGUUUGGAAGUGAGCGAAAAUUUACCAGAAGAUAUACUUCAAGCUACUCAACCAGUUGUUAAAAAAAUUAGUGCAUUAAAAGCAAAAGCUUCCAAUUAAAUUAGAAAGCUCUUGCCCCUCAUUUCUUUCUUCAAACUGCAAAAUUAUAGGUUUCUUUAUGAAGGAUUUUAAUUGUCUUUAGUCAUCAUCGUGUACAAUAAAUUAUUCGAAUCAGCU